GAAAGUCAGUAUUCUUUUAUUUACUCGAGCACCGUAUUUUGUUCAUUCUACAACCGUCGAUCAUAGACGUUUUCUUUUGUUAGAAGCGAACGGACAUAUCCAUCGUUUGUGGAUUUUUCAACUGAAAAUACGGUUGAUAUUAUAUUUUGAAAGUCUGAAAUACAUCGAAUUGAACAUCAUCUUACAUUUUCUUAUCCAAGUUGGAGGUAUUUUCUGCUGAAAUUUUGCGAGGUAUGACAAGCUUUGUAGUUUCAACGUCUGGUAUUACGAAUCAGUUUUAUUGCCGAAUGUAAUAUGUACAACUUACUGUUUUUUAUCAAAUAUAAAUCUCUCGUUUUAAGAAGCAAAAUGUUACAAGAACAUUUCUUGACGGUUUUGUUGGGCGCAGCGAUGUCGAUGACGCUGUCUUGUUCUGGAUUUAACCCGGAACGCUCGGCAAAUAUUCCAACUACCUGGAACGUGGUAUCAUCGCUGGAAACCGAGCAGAAGGCUACGGUGGAUCACGUCUCUAGUACGAAAACGGAAGCGACUGGUGCCGACAAAGGCUUGCAAAUUUCGGACACAAAGUUGUCGACGAGGACCAUCGACCAAACGAGUCCUGCGGAUACGACGCGCGAGAAAAGAUUCGGUUUUGUCAUGGAGAAUAUUGAAAGUGACACGCGUUUCCCGAAAGCCAAGGACGCUAAUUUUGUAAAAGAAGCAGUGGCUAUGGAAACGAUCUCAAGUUCUCCUCCACGGAAUGUCGUCGUGAUUAUCGCUGAUCCGGGUCAAAAUCAGGAAGAUUUCUGGAAGAGUUUCAAGGCUUCGCGUCUGUUCUCCGUUGAAGGGAUGCUUCAGAGUUGUAACAAUAUCCAAGCAGACAAGGCAAGAUUCUCUUUGGGCGAUGCACUAAUUCCCGGCAAUAGGGACAAGAAACAUGAUUGCGAACAUUUCCUACGUUCAAACAUUGCAACAUUGCUGCUUUGGACUCGAGAUGUUAAGGGAAUGACUACAGGAACAUUAUCCAACGCGAACUUCACUAUUCCAUCGUUGUUCGGAUUCGAAGAAUCGGUAGGGUUCUCAAAAGACUUCGACGAAAUUGAUGAGAUUAACAUGAAACCGGAAGUUCGUAAAGCAAAGCCGGAAAUUCGUGGUGACUGGCACGUUAUCGACUUAGGAAAACCAAUUGAUCGAGUCCCUCCUUUGAUUCCUCCACAAAACGCUCGAGAAGACGAUGAAGCUGCGUGGAACGUGUUCGAUAUGUUCUCCAAAAUAAGACUCGUUCUGUUUCGGUCGUUGCUGGAAUCUCUCGGUAGAAACGUCGCUGCCUCAGAGGACCCUAUUUCCUCUCAUAAAUCGCAUCUUCUUCGAUCCAAUUUUGUGGACAUGGUCGAGGAGCUAAAGUCAGUUGAAAACGAGAAAGGUUUCAUAUUGGUUGCUUCGCUGUCUGCCAGCGAGCUCGAUUCAGCAUUGGAGUUUCUACAGCGCGAAGCAUUGCAGGAUACGCUGCUUGUGGUGAUAGGAGCCUGCCCGCACGACGGCAAACCUGUACCAUUCUUUGCACAAGGACCAUCCGCCAAAAUGAUUCGCGAGGCUAUAACAAUUUGGGACGUUCCAAUUGCCGUUAAACAUGUCAUUGCCAAUGGCUGUCAGGACUCCGGCUGCAGAAAUCGUCGACAUGAUGCUAACUCGCCUCCUGUUGCUCAGUUGAAGAUUAUACCACAUAACGUGGCCGUGCUGAGAAGAACGUCUCGAGACACUGCUAAAAAAUCGGAUGAGGGCAACAAAGCUGAAGUUCCAAGUGUUAAGCAGAACGAGGUUGUUAAAAAUGUUGCCGACUUAAACACCAAGAACGAAGUAGUUAAAAAUGUGGCCGAUUUAAAUGUCAAGGAGGAAACAGUAAAGACCGAGGAGAGGGAUGCAUCACCAGAAUCAGAUAUGAAUUCAGCAAACUUUAAAAUUGCGGAGAAGUUCACCACGAUCUUUGGCGUAAUUGUCUCGUUGGUUGGCGUAUUUGUCCUUACCUCCUAAAAAAAAGAUCUUUGGCAUUGAUCUCAUAAUCGAUGACCCUAAUUUUUAAUUUUCUUUUAUGGAAAUUGCGUCAAAAAUGUCCUGGGUAAA